GGAGCCAUCUGGCCAAACACUACUGUGCAUCACCACGGGAAUUUUGGAGUCAUCUUGAAUUUCUCUUUCCCUUGCCAUCAUUUAUUAAGUCCUGUUGUGUGCCUAUGGGGUUCCAGCUUCUGCUCUCAAUCCUGGGAGAUAGUGUGACCAAGACAUACAGUCCUGCUCACCUAUAACUUCCAUGUCAGCUUGGGGCAGCAGGGGAAGGAGGACACAACCAGACAAAAAAUGCUAUGAAAGGAAAAAAUAAAUGCAGGGUACUGUGGUGGGGAGUUGGGAGUGACGUUGUGUAUUAGGCAAAUAGGGAGAGCCUCCCUGAGUAGAUGACAUUUAACUAGAAGGAGCCACCCUUGCAGAGACUGGGAACAAGGCUAAGGACACAUGUGGUGACACUGAUCUGAAGUUUGUAGAGGAGGCAGCCUGCCAGGUGAUGGGAGGGGAAGGCUUGUCCUCUGAGCCCUGUGGGUGCAGAGGCCCUGAAGUGGGAAGCGGCUGGGUGCUGGAAGAACAUCCCUGAACUAUACCCACUGUGACAUAACCACCACCAACACCUCUGCACAUGGCUUUUAUAGACACCCUGUAAGUGAAGCAGAAGAGUCCCCUGUUCCCCCCCCUCCCUUGUUUGUGCCCACUGUUAGUUUGUUUGCCAUCACCACUGCACCUCCCUCUAGCUCUCUAGCCUCUUCCCUGCUAUCUCCCAUAACGGCCUGUAAUGAAACCAAAAGGGCUUUGGAGGGGACCAUUCUAACAUCCUAGGCAGACCCUACCCCUCCUAUCACUAGCCGUAAUUGCUUAAACCUCUCAUUGUUUCCAUACCAGUAAAUUGGGAAUAGUAAUGCUUGCCUUCUAGAUUACAGGAGAUCAGACAUUUUGGAGGUACUCAGUAAAUGGAGGCAUUUUUUUUAAUGCUUCCUGAAUAUUAAAAUAAAUUCAACUUACUGUGAACUUCAGUUCAUUGACAUUCAAUAUGUAUUCUGUAUCCAUCAAUCCAUCAUUUCUCAUUGACUUCUGCUGCCACCUGAUCCAUGCCUGGUCCUCUCUUGCUGGGCCUCUACAUGAGCCUAACACUUCCCCUGUAGACUUUUGGUCCCUUGCAAUGCAUUCUCUACAUGGCAAUAGUAGUUAUCAAUUGGAUUGUGUUAGUUCCCUGUGAAGACCUUCAGUGGUUUCCCAUUUCCAGAAUCUUUGUUGUGGCCUGCCUGGCCUCUCCCACUAUCUCAACCCACUCGCACCCUGCCUCUUCACACCGUCUGUCCCUCUUCUCACACAAGCCAAACCUGUCCUCCCCAAUAUAUCCCUCCUCUCGGGCAAGAACUAUUGGGCACACUGGUCAAAUCUGAAAGGGACAUUUCUUUAAUAAAUGUUAGGUAAGGCCAGGUUGCUGAUGAAAUCAUCAUUUCAGACCUUCUGAUCCAGCUGAAGAUAAUAAUUACAAUGUUGAUACUAAAAAAGGAAGUUUCAACAAAAUGGAAUUUUUAGCACUGUAAAUCAGAUGACCAGUAGUUUUUAUGGAAGCUGAUAUUUUGGGUCCCUUUUUAAAUAUUCAGGAGAAGAACAGCAGGAGAUAUAACUGAAGAGGCAAUUGUAAAAACUGAAAGACCUGCUCUGUAUUGAGAAUCUGUGUGGGAGGUGCUGUGUUUGGUUCUGGAGACACAGAAGGACAUGACAGUCCAUGGCCUGUGUGGAAGCAGCUCAACCUGGGAGCAGCACAGCCCAGCCCCCACAGGGCACAGCCAUUCCUCCACAAUGGCACCGGAACCAGCCUUUCCUGACCAAUGUCACCUUCUUGAAGAUUCUUCUCUGGUUGGUCCUCCUGGGACUGUUUGUGGAGCUGGAAUUUGGCCUGGCUUAUUUUGUCCUGUCCUUGUUCUACUGGAUGUAUGUAGGGACCCGAGCCUCUGAGGACAGGAAGAAGGGAGAGAAGAGUGCCUACUCUGUGUUCAACCCAGGCUGCGAAGCCAUCCAGGGAACCCUGACAGCAGAGCAGUUGGAACGCGAGUUGCAGUUUAGACCCCUGGCAGGCAGAUAGGACCCAGCUCCACUGUCCUGCAGCCCGCCCAGGACCAACCCUCCCAUCCUUGGAGUGCGGACUUGGGUUCAGAUGCACAGGACUAAGGACAGCUUGCGGGUUGGCUCUGGCUGCGUGUUUCCCCUGACCUACUGCUGCAGUUUUAUCUUUGAACUUCUCUUUGGGGAAAUUCUCUAAAAGACAUGCCCAUUAGGGCUGGUGCAGUUUAUAAAGGUUGCUCAAAAAAGGAGAACUGUUUGUCUUGUCAUUUGAGAGAUGACUUGGAGCACUAGGAAGGCAUUGGGAGAUUGUCCUUUUGAAGUAUUGAGCUAUUUGAAAUAAUGAUUAGGUACAGCAGGACUGUAUGUUAAAUGUUCUCUUUAAGUCAAUAUUUAUAGCUUUUUUUCCCCCGAAUUUUGGGGUUGUUUUUGUUUUUGUUUCUGUUUUACCUUCUGCUUUAAUUCUUGCUUUUUUUGAUCAUUAAUGAUAUUGAAAUGUAAAAUGUCUUUAACAUUUUCUUUUCAGAAACAGGUCCCAUUCAUUGUCCCUUACCAUCUUCAAUUCUUCUACUGUCCUGUCCUCAUUAGUAAAAGAAGAAGAGACAAAGUUCUAAAUGACAGGCAUGGAGAGGGAUUUCACAAAGUCAGUUAUCAAGGAAUUGAUAAGUGGCUAUUAAUUCAGCAAGAAAAACUCUUGAGUGUGAACAAAGAGCAGGGCUGAUGUUGGAUUCCAGACUUAGUAGUGGCUAUUGGGUUGUAUCAUAUUUUCUGAGGACUUUAAGUCCUUCACUUGUAGGCACCGAUGAGAAAUUGCAUGGGUAAUAUCAAAGGCCUGAGUUUAGUGUUCCUUCCUCUUCUAGUUCAAGUUUGGGUUCAUUGAAAUUGGGCAGCACAAGCUAUCAAAUACUUUCAUACUGAUGAGUCAAAGGACUCUAGUUUUAAACAAUAGUUGUGUCCAAACUUAAGACAUUACUGAGUCAUUUAAAUUUUGGUAAGUUUUCAUUUCAGAGUUUUCUGUUAAUUUUUAUGUUAUGAAACUCAUCACUUUAACAUUCAUGAAACAUUGUUAAUAGAGGCCUGUUAAUUAUUUUUGUUCUUUCUUGCCUGAUUUACUUAUUAAAGCAAAUUCUUAGUUUAGA